AUGCCGGCAGGCAAGAGGAGUGCCGGGUCGUCUCGGCAGCCCACCUGCUGGAAGCGGAUCGUGCAGCAGCUGAUGUCCCUGCUGGUGGGCCUGGUGAUACUGUUGCUCUGGAACACGCUGACGGGCGUGCCUGGAGGCCCCGAGCUGGAGGCGCCGAGGCUCAGCCUGAGGCUCGGCCCGCAGCCGCUCUCGGCUGCGGGCGUCCUGGGCGGCGGCCCCGCCGCAG